CUUCAGUAGCAACCAUGUCUGCACCCCUUACUGCGGAAGAAGAGAUCCUGUUGGCUGAUUUCUCUAGAACCGUCCCCAGGAGUACUUCCAUCCUCUUCCAUCUCAAUGCUCUGUUUGUCUCAGCAUUGCCAAUGUGGUUGUUCUGGAGAAUCCAGCAGCUGGAGCUGAACACCUACGGUAUCAUGUUUGGUAUUGUCACCAUCAUCUCCACAUUCCUCUUGUCUCUUGCAUACAAGAAUGUUAAAUAUUCUCUUAAACAUAAGAUUGCACAGAGAAGACACGCUGGAGUUACCGCUGAGGUUAUGCAGCAGGUUGCUGAUGCUUCCAGCGAGAAGAAGAAGACAGUAAAGAAGGAGAAGGACGACAGAGUCCUCUUCAAGAAGACCGAAGUUGCUGAUCUGGAAGCUACUCACUUCAGCAUUUUCUACAACAACGCUCUCUUCCUCUUCCUCACUAUCAUCCUUAGUUUCUACGUCCUGAAAAAUUUCAGUCCCGGUGCCAACUACCUCGGAUCCUCUGUUACCUCUGCUUGUGUUGUCGCUUUCCUGUCCACUAGCUCCGGUUAAAUUACAUAGACCUUAAUUAUUAACUAGGGACACAGCAUAAUAUAAUUAUAAUGCUAUACCUACAUUGAUUGUACUAGACUGGGUAACUGUAUAUGGUUCUUUUUAUCAGAUUUUAACACUUGAUAAUAAAUAAAUAUAACCUAUGUUGAAAAAUGUCUGUAAUAUUAAACAUUUACGAACAUUUUUAACAUACACUCACAUGUUCCCAUUUCGCUUCUGGCUUAACACUAAGUUCUUCCUAUACCUAGUCUUGUUGAUAAACUUGAAAAAACAAAUAUAGUUUGUAUACAGUUUCUGUUGUUGUUGUUGAAAUGAUAUUGUGUUCAUAGUUUUAUUGACAUUUGGGUUGAAA